AGACAGGCAGCCGGCGACGGCGGCGUCAGCGCUGAUUAACCGCGUAACUCUCCGAAAUUACUCCUCGCCGGAUAUUCAUAAUUAUUAGUCGCUUAGCGAAAAAACGGUAGGAGAGGGAACGUAUAACCCUGACCUCUGCUCAGAGAUAUGAGCGGCAGCGGGCGGCCCAGGACCAGCUCGUUUGCUGAGCCGCCAGGUGUUCCAGGAGCCGUCGCAGCGCCCGCCGGAUCAGCCGCUGCCGUGGGGAGCAGCACAGGAAAGUCCGGGGUCGCGCAGGCCUCCGGCAGUAGCUCGUCAGGAUGCUCCAACCUCAAGCUUGCCAGAGACGGUGGGAAGGUGACCACGGUCGUAGCCACGCCCGGUCAGGGACCGGACCGCCCACAGGAAGUGUCCUACACUGACAUCAAGGUCAUCGGCAACGGGUCGUUUGGUGUCGUGUACCAGGCCCGGCUCAUCGACACCUCGGAGAUGGUGGCCAUUAAGAAGGUUCUGCAGGAUAAGAGGUUUAAGAACCGGGAACUACAGAUCAUGAGGAAGCUGGACCACUGCAACAUUGUUCGACUGCGUUAUUUCUUCUACUCCAGUGGCGAGAAGAAAGACGAGGUGUACCUCAACCUGGUCCUGGACUUUGUCCCCGAGACGGUCUACAGGGUUGCCAGGCAUUUUAACAAGGCCAAGAGCAUCAUUCCUAUUAUUUAUGUGAAGGUGUACAUGUACCAGCUGUUUCGCAGCCUGGCGUACAUCCAUUCCCAGGGCGUCUGCCACAGAGACAUCAAGCCCCAGAACCUGCUGGUCGACCCAGAAACCGCCGUCCUGAAGCUGUGCGACUUCGGCAGCGCCAAGCAGCUGGUCCGCGGCGAGCCCAACGUGUCGUACAUCUGCUCACGGUAUUAUCGCGCCCCCGAGCUCAUAUUCGGGGCCACGGACUACACGGCCAACAUCGACAUCUGGUCGGCGGGCUGCGUUCUGGCGGAGCUGCUGCUCGGUCAGCCCAUUUUCCCCGGAGACAGCGGCGUCGACCAGUUGGUCGAGAUCAUCAAAGUACUGGGAACGCCGACGAGGGAACAAAUCCGAGAGAUGAACCCGAACUACACAGAGUUCAAGUUCCCACAGAUCAAAGCUCAUCCAUGGACGAAGGUGUUCAAACCUCGGACCCCCCCGGAGGCCAUCGCUCUCUGCUCGCGGCUGCUGGAGUACACGCCCGCCUCGCGCCUCUCGCCCUUAGAGGCCUGCGCGCACAACUUGUUCGACGAGCUGCGCCAGCCGAACGCGCGGCUGCCGAGCGGCCGGGAGCUGCCGAUGCUCUUCAACUUCAGCACCACAGAACUCUCCAUCCAGCCUCAGCUGAACUCGAUCCUCAUCCCCCCCCACGCUCGCUCGCACACGGUCGUCUCCGUCCACGAUGGUUCCGUCUCAGACUCGUCUCAACACAGUUCAGUUUCUGGAUCCCUGAACAGCAUCUGAAGAUCUGCAAGCUACGCACACGCACACACACACACACACACAGAGCUGUCCUUCAAGCAUCUGUUUCUGUAGAGUAAAAACAAAACAACCGUCGGUUCUUUGGCUGCCGGGACCAAAACAGGAAGAGAUGGUCGGAACGUCGGGGCUGGUCCUCCGAAGUAAAACUUUAUUUUUAAUCAUCAGUUUGUGUUUAUUUAUUUACCUGAAAUAAUCAUCUGGC